UGCACCCAGAAAUCAAGUUGCGCAUGCGCAUAUUUAUCAAAACACCGACGCAGCAGCAAUGAUUUUAUGACGAUUUUCUGAAUAAGAAAUGUAGUGUCAAGUAAGAUUUUUGUCGUUUUAGCAACUCGGACCUUGGUAACGAUUAAACUCCAAGUUUGAACAAGUGAACAUGUUUUAUUUACCGACAAGUAAUUCUGAUUGAACGGUAAGAGGAUGGAUAACGUUACCGUGUCAGCUGCAGAGGGGACCGCUGGGUGUCCCCUGGUCUCUGAGGACAUGGAGGGGAUCUGCGUGAUGCCUGAUCUUAGCGCCAUAAAGACCGAGCAGUCGGUGAGUCCGACCCCCGACGAGCCAAGCCCUCAAAAUGUGGCCAUGGGAAUCAAGUUCAUCCUUCCCAACCGCUUUGACAUGAAUGUUUGCUCCAGAUUUGUAAAGUCUCUCAACGAGGAGGACAGCAAGAACAUUCAGGACCAGGUGAAUUCGGAUCUGGAGGUGGCUUCUGUUUUAUUUAAAGCUGAGUGCAACAUCCAAACGUCCCCAUCACCAGGUAUACAAGUCCGCCACGUUUACACGCCGUCCACCACCAAACAUUUCUCCCCAAUCAAACAGUCCACCACACUCACCAACAAACACCGGGGCAACGAGGUUUCCUCCACACCACUUUUGGUCCAUUCUUUAUCUAUUCAUCAGCUGGCAGCCCAAGGAGAAAUGGUGUUUUUGGCCAGUAGAAUUGAACAAGAGACUGUCAUCAAUCUCCAAGACGAUGAAGGUUUCACCCCUCUUAUGUGGGCAGCGGCACACGGACAGAUCGCCGUCGUUGAGUUUCUGCUCCAAAAUGGGGCCGACCCAAACCUGCUGGCCAAAGGGAGGGAAAGCGCGCUGUCUCUGGCCUGCAGUAAGGGAUACACAGACAUAGUGAGGAUGCUCAUCGACUGUGGAGUGGAUGUCAAUGAGUACGACUGGAAUGGAGGAGCCCCUCUGCUGUAUGCUGUCCAUGGCAACCAUGUGCGCUGUGUUGAGAUUUUGUUAGACAGUGGCGCUGAUCCUACUGUAGAGUCGGAUUCAGGAUUCAAUGCGAUGGAUAUGGCUGUUGCUAUGGGCCAUCGAAAUGUUCAACAGGUUAUGGAGGCCCACCUAUUGAAGCUACUGAUGGGAAUCAGAGAGUGAACUCCUGGAGAACAAACCUUAUAGGACAUUGUUUGGUGCUGGACAAUCAUGUAGCGUGCCCUGGAUUUCAGCCUGUAGGAAUAGUUUGGUGUCUAGAAGUUUUUUAAGCUGUGUUGUAAAAUAUUAUUUAUUUAAUCUUGCGACACACCUUUUUAGUUGUAACCCUCUUUAAAACAGUCAUACUCUGUGCUUUAAUGUUAACGUAUACUCUGGAGUUGUAAAUGUAAUCAAGUUGGGAACGAGUUGCAGGCCACCUGUAGUGUGCUGCAAUGCGAGUUUGAUUUAGUUAAAAAUGAGCAAUGUGGGUUUAUCCUGUCCUCAUAUAUUAUUAUUACCCCCUUUUCACCUGUUUUAAAUAACUUUUCUAACCACACUGAAACCAUUUCUAAGGUAAAGAAAAAAAGGUUCUCAUCGUCAUGUCUGGUCUUCACAGCAAGCACAUUUCAGAGGCACAUUGAACUGUGAGGUCAUGAAGCUGCCAACCUGUGAAUUUACUUUGUGUUUUUUAUUUAUUUGAAUUUAUUGCGACCAUUGUAGGGUCAGUCGUGUUCAUGUACAGUGAUGCUUGGAUGUUUUGUGAAUUUGAAAAGACCACACACUGCAAUUCAACAGCCCAAAGUGGCAUUGUGGUGCUCUUUGCAGUUUUGUAUCAGAUGGCUUGUGCAUUAAAACAGUCGUUAUGUCUUUCUACUUUAAAAAGCUCUUUUAUUAUUUUUAAAGCUGUUUAAAACAAGAAAAUAAUGGGUGGCCCAUCCUCUGGACAAAUUAUGCUGGAAUUUAUUUAAUUUGAAAAUAUAAAGAUUUGUAUUUGCUGCUAUGUGAUGUGGUUCUGGAAAGCUUUCCUAAAUAAAUUUUUUAAAAUCCCA